UUCGGCAUAAUUUUGUUUUGAAACCUUGUGCGUUGGUGGCCAGCAGUGCUACCUUUUUUCUACUCGUUUGGCAUAUUUAGAACGUGUGCAGUGUGCGGUGUUUUUACAUACAAGAGAAUUACUGAACAUAAAAAAGUAUAAAAAAAACCGAACGCGCAAAAUCCAAAAAGUGCUACUACGCAAAGCAAUUAAAAAUAACAUUUUGUGUAAAUUUGUGUCAGCAAUACAACAAACAGAUAAUCACAAACACAAGUGAACAGAAGUUUCUGGGCCUUUUUUCACUUCAAUUAUCGGACGUUUGACUUGAUACUUACAAAAUGGUCAACAUAGUGGACAGCGGCGCUAAGCAUGCGCCACAGGAAAUGGAACAAUUCUUGCCUGGCGAUGGAGGCAAAAAAUACAAGAUACAACCACGCAAGUCGGAUGCUGAGCAGGCCUUGGCUGCCAAUGACUUUGAUCCGUUUGCGAUGCGCGAAAAUGAACAUCCCACUACCGACAAUGAAACUUUGACGCAUUUGCUGAAGGCCUCACUGGGCACGGGCAUACUCUCAAUGCCGAUUGCUUUCAUGUACUCGGGCAUUAUAAUGGGCAUUUUUGCGACCAUCUUCACUGCUUUCAUCUGCACACACUGCAGUUAUGUUCUGGUCAAAUGCGGUCACAAACUGUAUUAUAAAACGCGUCGCACAAAGAUGAGCUUUGCCGAAAUCGCUGAGGUUGCAUUCCAGAAGGGCCCGAAAUGGUGCCGCGGUUUUGCGCCCGUUGCUAAAUUCUCGAUACUCUUCGGCUUGUUCCUGACCUAUUUCGGCACCUGCUCCGUCUACACUGUGAUUGUGGCCAAGAAUUUUGAGCAAGUGCUGGAACAUUGGCUUGGCUACGAGGUCUCAUUGCGUUUACUCAUCAUAGCACUGCUUAUACCCCUGAUCCUGAUAUCGUGGGUGCCGAACCUGAAGUAUUUGGCGCCCGUUUCAAUGGUCGCCAACGUAUUCAUGGGCUCUGGCCUGGGCAUUACGUUUUACUAUCUGGUCAUGGAUUUGCCGCCAAUUCAGGAACGCGAAUAUGUCAACUUGUCCACACUGCCGGCCUUCUUCUCCAUCACCAUCUUCGCCAUGGAGGCCAUUGGAGUGGUGAUGCCGUUGGAGAAUAACAUGAAGACGCCAAAGAACUUCCUUGGCAUUUGCGGUGUUCUCAGCCAGGGUAUGUCGGGUGUGACACUCAUCUACAUGCUGUUGGGCUUCCUCGGCUAUAUGCGCUAUGGUGAUGCGACCGGUGAGAGCAUUACGCUCAAUUUGCCCGUCCACGAGUGGCCCGCACAGGCGGUGAAGGUAUUGAUCGCUUUGGCUGUCUACUGCACCUUUGGUCUGCAGUUCUACGUAUGCCUGGAAAUUGUCUGGGAUGCCAUUAAGGACAGGUGCACCAAACGUCCCACUGUUGUCAACUAUGUUCUGCGCACUGUGCUCGUUACAGCCGCUGUGGUUCUAGCCGUAUCGGUGCCUACUAUAGCACCCUUUAUGGGACUUAUUGGUGCCUUUUGUUUCUCCAUACUUGGACUCAUCUUUCCAGUGAUCAUUGAACUCAUUGUAUGCAUGGAUACUGGUUUCGGUGCCUACAAGUGGGUUUUGUGGAAGAACGUUAUUAUCACAAUCUGUGGCAUUUUCGCUCUGGUCUUUGGCUCCCUCUCCGCCAUCAAGGACAUCAUGAAAGUGUACAGCGAUACGCCCGAAUCGAAAUAAGCGCAGAACACACAAAACCGGAAGAAGAAAACUAAAACAAGCAGUGCUAUACCAAGGGAUAUAUUUAUUGUAUACAUACAUAUAAAUACUAUAUAGAAAUGUGUAUACACGCGAUAAAUACUUUUUAGCGUAGUUUAUAGCGCCGUGCAGCAUGCACCACAAAACUUUUCCUAGCUUAGUUCAAAUGAAUCUAACUAUGGUUAGAUGUAAAACUGCGCGUCCUCCUUUCACACACACACACCCACACACAAACACACACACAUACAAACAUACACACACUUUGUAUAUUUCCUUUGCGCAUGCAUAAAAUUGUAUGUAAAUGUUGUUUAGUGUAAGUUGAAAGAGAAACACACACCUCAUAAACACUUUAAGGUUAACUAAAUAAUAUGAGAGUGCCUACGACUUUAGCACAGCACCAAUGCACGUUUCUAGCACGUUUUAGUACAUUUUAGUACGCACUGUCAACCAAAUUUUGAAGCACUAAUAUAAUUAAAUGCAUGUACAUACAUGAAUUGUACAUGAAUUUGUCUAAACUAGCUGUUAGUUUGCCAAAUAGUAGAACAACGCAAAUACUUUAGUUGGUUUUUAGUACAUUUUUAGUACAAUGCAAUGCAAGGCGCUAUGUUAAUAGUUAUCCAUACAUAUACAUACAUAAAUACAACAUAUAUUAAUAUGUUUAUAAAAAGAAGAAGCAAAAACAUGUGUGAUGAAAAUGAGAAUUUGUAAAUGGAAAAUAAUUCCAUUUAGCUCGUACGGUUUUGAUUUCCCCUCCCAUUCUCUCUGUUCUAAAAGAGUAUUACAAGAGCCAAAAUUGUAAACAUUAAACAAUUGUGUUUUUUUUUCUAUUGUUUAAUGCAAACUUCGCAACUGCAUAUAGUAUAUUUUUAGCAUGUUUAGUUGUAAGCUUUCAAACUUUAAGCUUAAGGCGUUGCUAUAACUAAGUACGAAACAUUUUAUUUAUAAUUUUGCAACGCUUUAGGUUACUCAAUAUAAAUUUUUUAUAUAAAAAAUUUAGUUGUUUUUUUAAAACAUCCAAUUAAACCGAAAAUUAUUAAAAUGUGCGAUAUUCAUACAUACAUACAUAUGUUAUAAAUAUAUAGUUUUAUAUAAAAACCACACAUAGCCUAUGUAGAAAGUUAAUGAAAGUUAAAACAGAAAGGAAAAUUAAGUGUGUAAAGCCCCAAAAAAGCCUAAUUGAACGCAGAUUUUUGCAUUUAAACAUCUGUACACUGAACUGCAACGAAACAGAUUUAUUUGUAAAAAAAAGUUGCUAAAUAAAAGGUUUACUAUUAUAUUGAGCGCCCGAGUUUGGUGCGUUGCGAUACGUCAAUUGAAUGUAAAGAAAGCACAGCGAUGGGAAAACAUGAGUUGUAUAUAUACCAUAUAUGUAUGUGUGUAAGUAAUAUAUACUACAUAUAUACACGAUAAGCUGUUAAGUUGGCCAAUGUAUUUAGCAAUGAAACUUGUCCAUAUUUCUUACACAUAUUGAGAAAAGCAAAGAUUGAUAUAAUUGUUUACUUUUUGGAAAACUGUUUAAAUUACAACAAACCAAAAACAAAGUGAAAAAAUA